GGAUGGGGUGUGCAAAGCGCUGCAGCCGCGACGAUGACGAGACGCCUGGGCUAGUCACGCACGGGACGCAUAGAUCCCUUUACACUUCCGUGGUACGGGCGAGCCACUGCGCCACGGCAUCGCAGGAAAGACAACAGCAGAGAGGGGGCAGCCCAUGACACAAGCGGUGAUGCGCGGCCUCGUCCUCCUCGUCAUCGCCGGCGCGCGCGCCGCCCCGGAAUUAGUCGUGGAAGUGGAGGUGAAUGGCAAGAUGCAGGAGCUGCGCGCCAGUCGCCACGACGAUCCUCGCAGAGCGGCACACGAAUUCUGCGUCAGACACAACCUCACAGUGUCGGUGGAAAACAUGGCCUGCGGCGAGAUGCUCGCCGAGGAGCUGGUCGAGAAGGGCGCGCGGUAUCCGUUGCCGAGCGAGAAGCUGCUACGAGUGAGAGGAGGCGUCGUGCCGCCCGGACCGUGGCGGGACCGGGCCCAGCAGCUCGUGCCGCCGCACUGCCCCGGCGAAGUGCUCUUACCUUUGAUUGGGGAUGCCGUCGCAACACCAGAGAUAGCGGUUGACAUCAUUACGGAACAUGGCCGCGUACCCUUCGUCCAUUUCGACCACGCGCUGGUGAACGCGACGGCGUACCCCUCGAAAGCGUUGGAUGGCGUGGGCGAGCCGCUCGGGAGAGCUGCGUCGGCCUUCUGCAGCGCCUGGUUCUGUCGGCGACGAGCGUUUACCGCACAUGAUCUCGCUGUGAAACUACGGCGCGAGUUGCUAGGAGACCAUUCUGCAGAAAGGCCCCAACGGUUAGUAGUGUCCCUCUCGACGCUCCCAGGCCGCAUCACCUUUCUAAAAGAUCAAUUGCGGUUUCUGUAUAAACAAACGCGACAACCGGACGCCAUAUAUGUGGUGGUCCCGUACACAUCACUAAGGGGCAAAGGAGCCUACGAGAUACCCUCAGAUUUGUACGAGGAGGCCGACGCCGGCCGCGUCGUGAUAUUGCGGACCCAGGUAGAUUGGGGCCCGGCCACGAAGCUCAUCCCGACGUUAUCUGUGGAGACGGACCCGCGCACGAUCAUCGUCACGGUCGACGACGAUCUAGAUUAUCCUUCUACGCUAAUAGAGCACCUGUAUCAGGCAGCUCUGCAACGACCGGACGCGGCUAUCGGCAUGAAGGGCUACUGGCUCCCACCUACGAAUACCAGUGACAAAGAUAAAUGCGACCCGCGGACCUGGGACCACGUCCUCGAGGAGAGGGACUACGGCUACUACUCCCAUGAGAAUUUAUUAUAUACGGAUGCUGCUUCUACAGAUAGGGACGUCGAGGUCCACGUGUUGGGAGGCUUGCUGGGCGUGGCCUACCGGAGCGGCUUCUUCGACUUGAGGCGAUUAGUGGAUUUUGCUGAUUGGCCCGGCGGGAGCGUGUUUGUGGACGAUGAUUGGAUAUCGUCCGUGCUCGAUUCGGCGCGUGUCCCGCGCGUCGUCCUAGGUUUAGCUGGUACUGAACUCGCGGACCAGAUCCGCAACCAGCCUUUGGUCGCCCCGCAGUCGGAGCUAGAGGGUCUGAACUCCGAGGCGCACGCCUUUCGAAAUGUGAGAUUGCAGAACGAACUGCUGUCCGAGGCGCGAGCUAGAGGAUUGUUUUCGGCGACCUGGGACUGUCGCUUCGACGCUUCGGGUGAAGAUGACGGGUGGAUUGUUGCAUUGAAGGCGCUGGAUGACGCUUAUUGUGAUUCGUGUCGAGCGCCGACCAUCGUAUUGCUCGAUGGGAAUGACGACGUGCUGGCGCGCUACCGGGCGCGCAACGGCGCCGUUCUUAUCAAGGAAGACGCCCGGGCGCUCAUGCAUCGCGAACCGGUGGAUCUCGUUGUGGUCGAUUCGGCCGUCGGCGCCGCGGCGGCGCUCCGGAACCGGGCUCGCGUCAUCGUGGCGCGGUCCGAGAGCGAGGUCCUCGCCGCGCUCUGCGCCGAGCUGGGGCGCGGCGGCUUCGUGGCGUAUAAGUGUUAGUGUUA